UCAUUUUGAUUUGAAGCGCAUUUAUUAAUCGUUUUUCGAACGAAUGAUUUAUAUAUUAUUUAAUUUAUAAUUUAAGUAUGUUUAAAAUAAACAAUUAUUAUCAUGCAUUGUGAUGAAUUGUCAACAACUAAUUACAAUGUGUAUCUGUUUGACUACAUUCCAAAUCGUGACCGGACAAUUAUCGGUUAGUCAGAGACUCGCUCUCUCGAGACGGUACCCGAAUUCCAUGCUGAGUCACGGCGUGUUGCGGCGGCCACCGGAGGGCUACCACUACGAAACGAUGAAACACAUCUUGAAUACUUACCCGAGGAAUUCGUAUAAAAUAAAGUACGGUUUAGAAAAUAUUGUUGGAAAUAAUAAUCGCGGGUUGUCAUCGGGCCCAUCGGGGAGCUUCAAAAGGCCCAAAAAUAGAUCGGGAAAAAAAAAGUCCAAUGACGACGAUGAUGGCGGUGGCGGCGGUGGCGGCGGCGGCGGCGACGGGGGUGACGGGACGUCGGAUGGUUCAGAACCAGACCCGGAUAAUUUACCCCCAAAUACGGAAAAUAUCGAGGAAAAAUGAAGAGCGGAAUAGACAGACGGCGCAAUGGCAUAGUUUUGUCAGCAGCUUUUCAAAAAAUACUAUAAAGAAUGUUAAAUUUUUUACUGCAGAACUCAAAUUUUGUACCGUAUAAGGUAUCAAUGGUGAUUUGAAUUGUUUUCGUUUCUUACUACACAAUGAUAUUAAUAAUUUCCAGUUUUCAAUAUGUUGAUACUCGAUUAAAAGUCUAUAAUUACGUAUUUAAAUAUUUAACAUGUAACUGUUACCUACAAUAUUUUUUUAAUAUAUACAAUUUAAAAGACUUAGUUUUACUAAAAAAAAAAAUGUGUAUUUAUUAUGACUUGUAGUCAAGUGUGGUUACCUCAUUGCAGUGCAUUAGGUGUUAAAUGGGUCACUGGUUAGAUGUGUUAACAUUUAAUUCAAUGAAGUAUCAUUGUAUACGAUUCUAAGUCGAAAUGGUCAGU